AUGGACACUCUGCUGGGCACCCUCAAGUGCCCUGUACCUCCCAUUGUCCACAUAGUUCUGAAAGAAGCCGCCCCACCAGUCACCCCGCUAGUUGCCCACCCAGGGGAACCGGGAGGAUGGGAAGCGGCAGCCACACGGGGCCCCAUUGAAAACGAAACCAACCUCAAGGGACCAGCUGGCCAAACCCGCGGGCGCACCCAGCGUGAGCCAAACCCUCGCCUCCCUGACUCCACUGUGGCCCUAUCCCUGCGGGAAAUAGGACCCCCUGAUGAAACAGGCAACCCCCAACUCCAGUAUUGGCCCUUUCCCACCAGUGACCUUUACAACUGGAAAACACAGAAUGCUCGAUUCUAUGAUAACCCUAAAGACCUAAUAGCUCUUUUAGACAGUGUCAUGUUCACCCACCAGACCACCUGGGACGACUGUCAGCAGCUCCUCCGCAUCCUGUUCACUACAGAGGAGCGAGAGAGGAUCCAAUUAGAAGCAAGAAAGCUGGUUCCUGGAGACGACGGUCAGCCUACAUCUAACCCUGACCUCAUUAAUGCAGCUUUCCCCCUAACCAGACCUCCACAGGACGAAUGGGACUGCAACACGGCAGAAGCUCGCAAGCCCAUCAAUUUGGCUAAGGGAGGAUGGGGUUCGGAUCCCCUCCCCGAACCUAGGGUAACAUUGCAAGUGGAGGGGACCCCGGUCCAGUUCCUAGUUGAUACCGGGGCACAGCACUCAGUUCUGGUCAAGCCCCGAAAAGUAUCUGAAAAAUCAUCCUGGGUACAAGCGGCCACCGGAAUAAAGAAGUACCCCUGGACAACUCAGAGGACUGUGGACUUAGGAACUGGGAAGGUAACCCACUCUUUCCUGGUCAUUCCCGACAGCCCCUGCCCCCUGUUGGGGAGGGAUUUGCUUACCAAAAUGGGGGCCCAAAUUCAUUUCUAACCAGGAGGACCCACAGUGACUGAUUUCCACAACCAACCCAUAUCUGUACUCACUGUUCAACUAGAAGAUGAAUAUAGACUCCAUCAGGAACCCACUCCUCUGGAUCAGGGCAUCGAGCCCUGGCUUCAAUGCUUCCCAGACGCGUGGGCAGAAACGGGUGGUAUGGGGCUAGCAAAACAUCUCCCAGCCCUAUGUAUAGAGGUCAAGCCCGGGACAGACCCCGUCCGCGUACGCCAAUACCCUAUGCCCGCAGAAGCCAAAAAUGGCAUCACACCACAUAUCCGCCGCCUCCUUGACUUCGGGGUCCUACACACCUGCCACUCAGCAUGGAAUACCCCCCUGCUGCCCAUGUGCAAACCCAACAGCGGGGAAUACAGACCAGUGCAGGACCUGAGAGAAGUCAAUAAGCGGGUGGUGGACAUACAUCCAACUGUUCCUAACCCCUAUACUCUCCUGAGCGCCCUCAGCCCAGAAAAACAAUGGUAUACUGUUCUGGAUCUAAAAGAUGCUUUUUUCAGCCUACCACUAGCGCCUAAAAGUCAAGAGCUAUUUGCAUUCGAGUGGACAGAUCCAGACAGGGGCAUAAAUGGCCAGCUCACUUGGACCAGACUGCCACAAGGAUUCAAGAACUCUCCGACCCUGUUCGACGAGGCUCUACACGAAGAUUUAAGUGAGUACAGACAACAACACCCUAAUAUAACUCUCCUACAGUAUGUUGAUGAUCUCUUAAUAGCUGCUGAGACACCCGAAGCCUGCACCCAGGGAACCGAAGGUCUCCUGCGAACUCUGGGAACCGUAGGCUACCGCGCCUCAGCAAAGAAGGCUCAGAUCUGCCAAUCAGAGGUAACUUACCUGGGCUACUUACUGACAGGGGGGCAAAGCUGGCUAACGGAUGCCCAGAAGGAGACUGUCCUUCAUAUUCCCAGACCGCAGACACCACGACAGGUGAGGGAAUUCCUAGGGUCGGCUGGGUUCUGCAGACUAUGGAUACCAGGGUUUGCUGAAUUAGCAAAACCUUUAUACCAGGCAACAAAAGAUCAACAGCGCUUUAGUUGGACGGAAGAAGCCGAACAGGCCUUCCAACAAAUUAAAACUGCUCUGCUAUCAGCACCUGCCUUGGGACUUCAUGUCUCCAAACCCUUCCACCUAUAUGUAGAUGAAAACCGAGGCAUAGCUAAGGCGGUGCUAACCCAGCAUUUAGGCCCUUGGCGCAGGCCAGUAACCUAUCUGUCUAAAAAGCUAGAUCCAGUGGCCACCGGAUGGCCACCCUGUCUCCGGAUGAUUGCAGCCACUGCCCUAAUGGUAAAGGAUGAUGAUAAGCUGACCAUGGGCCAAGAGCUACAAGUCACCACCCUGCAUGCCAUUGAGGGCAUCCUCAAGCAGCCUCCUGACCGAUGGCUGAGCAAUGCCCGACUCACUCAUUACCAGGGACUGCUGUUGAACCCCCUCAGGGUCAUCUUCACCCCCCCAAUGGCCCUGAACCCAGCAUCACUGCUACCAGACCCAGACAUGGGAACCCCACUUCAUGACUGUGCCGACAUACUGGCUCAAGUUUAUGGGGUCCGGGAGGACUUUCAGGAUCAGCCAUUAUCGGACGCAGACGCCAUCUGGUUUACCGUCGGAAGCAGCUUCGUUCACCAAGGACAAAGGUAUGUGGGGGCAGCCAUGACUCCAGAGACCGAGGUGGUGUGGGCAGAAGCUCUACCCCCCGGAACCUUGGCCCAGAAGGCUGAGUUAAUAGCCUUAACCCAGGCCCUAAAGUUAGGAAGAGACCUCAAGCUAACCGUGUACACUGAUAGCUGAUAUGCCUUCGCCACCGCUCAUGUACAUGGGGCGAUAUACAGAGAACGGGGGCUCCUCACAGCUGAAGGGAAAGACAUCAAAAAUAAAGAAGAGAUUCUAUCCCUGCUAGUAGCCUUAUGGGAACCCAAAAAGCUAGCAAUUGUGCAUUGCCCAGGACACCAGAAGACAACCGACCCAGUUUCCCGGGGCAACAAAACAUAUCCUGAGUAUUCAGAAAGCGACAUUCAAUGGAUGAGUAAACUUCCUAUGACCCGAAUCAAAGAUGGCUGGUGGAGAGACUCCAAAAGCAGCAUUAUACUCCCAGAUAAACUAGGAUGGAAAGUUCUAGAGUGGAUCCAUUGCAGCACCCACUUAGGUUCCCGGCGAAUGUUGGACUUAUUGAGACAGACUGGACUAAAAAUCAGAAAUGUCUCUGAUAAGGUCGAUCAAGUAGUCACUAAAUGUACAGUGUGCCAACUCAACAAUGCGAGUAGCAAUCCUCAGACAACAGGGGUAAGACAAAGAGGGAGCAGACCGGGGACCUAUUGGGAAGUAGAUUUCACUGAGGUAAAACCAGGAAAAUAUGGAUAUAAGUAUUUGCUAGUUUUUGUAGAUACUUUUUCAGGAUGGACUGAAGCCUUUCCAACCAAGAAGGAAACGGCACAGAUUGUAACCAAAAAUAUCCUGGAAGAAAUCCUGCCCAGGUAUGGUUUUCCAGUAAUGAUAGGGUCAGACAAUGGACCUGCACUCGUCUCUAAGGUAAGUCAGGGACUGGCUUCCAUAUUUGGGGCUGAUUGGAAAUUACAUUGUGCAUACCGACCCCAAAGCUCAGGAUAGGUAGAGAGAAUGAACAGAACAUUAAAGGAGACCCUAACCAAAUUGACCAUGGAGACUGGUGCUAGUUGGGUGGUCCUUCUCCCCUAUGCUCUGUUCAGGGUGCGUAAUUCCCCAUACAAGCUGGGACUCACACCCUAUGAAAUAAUACAUGGUAGACCACCCCCCAUCAUCCCUAACCUAAAAGAUAACCUUGUCAAAGCUGAGAACGAUAAUAGUCUUGAAUUCUUGUUCUCCCUACAAGCCUUGCAGAGGGUCCAUGAAGUUGUAUGGUCCAAAAUAAAGGAACUCUAUGAGACUGGACCCCCACCUAUUCCACAUCAAUUCCGGCCAGGGGAUUGGGUCCUCAUCAAACGUCAUCGGCAGGGAACUCUGGAGCCCAGGUGGAAAGGACCCUUCCAGGUCAUCCUGACAAUGCCUACUGCCAUCAAAGUAGAUGGAAUCGCCACCUAGAUCCAUUUCGCCCAUGCCAAACCAGGGACCUCCUGGACUGUUGAUCGGACUAAGGACAAUCCUUUAAAAUUGACCCUACACCGCCAACGGACUGAGCCGUAACUAUGGUACUUGCCCUCCUCUUGAUUGUUCUGCAAAUUCUGUCUGUAAAUCCAAACCCCCACAACCCCUAUAAUUUGACAUGGGAAAUUACUAAUUUAGAGACUCAUGAAGUCUACAACAAAACCCUAGGAACUGCCCCAUUAAAUACCUGGUGGCCAGAUUUAUAUUUUAAUUUAGAAAAAAUUAGUCCAUUAGAAGAAAUGGAAGGAGGUAAAUGGAGGCAACUGCAAAGGAGGGUAUCAAUAGGUAGAAAUGGAUUUUAUGCAUAUCCGGGAUUUAGGACGGGAGUGAUGAGGCGCACAUGUGGAGGGUUUCAAACCCUUUAUUGCGCAGCCUGGAUUUGCGUCACCUCCAAUGAUGGGGAAGGGAAGUGGGAAGUAAAACCCCAAUUUAUUGAAAUGUCCUAUGUCCAACCAUGUACCCGCACCAGGUAUGAUAAAAACUGUAACCUUAUUCGUGUAAUAUUUACAGACGAGGGGAAAAAGGACAGGCGGUGGGUCUCAGGACUCACUUGGG